AUGGACCUUACAAACUCCACUUUAUCACCAACAACUGCUGGUGAUGCUGUAGAAAACCGAACAUCAUUACUUAUUGAUCCAAAAACUCCAGCAGAAUACGCCUUAACCAUAUUAUAUAGACAAUUUGCAAAGAUUGCUGAAAAGAAAUUAGAAUUCAUAAUAAAAAAUAGUAGUGCGGAUCAUGAAAUUGAUUUCUUCAGCAUUUUGGGUUCUGGUGUCGAUACAGCUUUUGACAAAUUGUUAAAUUCCCUGGGUUAUAUAGCUAGACACAAACCUAGGCCUGUCAUUGACACAGUAAUGUAUUGGAGAAAAAAUAAAACGCAAUCACAUAGACGUCAUUUGAGUGAUACCAUAUUGAUGAGAAGAGAUUUUCAAAUGGCAGAAGAAGAGCGGAUUGGGCAAGCUACACUAUAUAUUUUGGCUCGUACACUUAUUGAAAUAGUAAAACAAUUACAGCCGGAAGCAUUAAAAGAAGAUAUAGGAAAAACUUUGGAAGAAGUAGUAUUUAAACCAAUUCUGGAUUGGAAACCUGAAGAUGUUUCAAGAUCAAAACAUAAAGAUGCAAAUUUUACCAUGUUUUCAGAACUUAUUGGUUGGCUUUCUAAAAUACGAUUUUGUACUGUUUCUGACCGAUUCACAGUACAAUUAGAACAAUUCAUUAAAUCAGCUCCAAGUAACAUGAAAGAACAAGAAACAAGAUUUGAAUUGCUUCUUAGAGGAAUGCAUCAUUUAAAAUUAAAAAUUUAUCCUGUGGAGGCAUUAGAAGAGACGGCUGAAUUUUUACAGACAUUAGCAAAAUUUAUGAAAGCUGCCGAUAGCCCAAAAAUAAAACAUGCAUAUGCUGAUUUAUUUGUUAGAUUAUUAAUGCCUAUAGCUGGGGUAGCUGAUGCAGAGGUCAGAUUCCCUGCUUGGGUAAAAGCUGUUGAAAUGCUAUUUCCAAAAGCAUGGAAAAUGUUGGAAAGACCACGAUAUUGCCGUGUCGCAUAUCCAUUAGCUACGACUUUAUUAUGUGUUAGCCAAAGGGAAUAUUUUAUAAAUAAUUAUAACAAUUGUUUAAAUGCAUGCAUACAAAGGUUUAGGGACAGUAAAUAUAGACAAAUGGCGAUGGGCUGUGUAAUUAGAUUAGUAUGGACAUUGAUAUACCGAUGUAAUGAUGGAACUUCAAAUACACAUAAAAAAUUGGAUGAAAUAACUAAAAUUUUAUUUCCUCCUAACCGCAAAUCAACAACACCGCCUGAUAUUCAUCCGGAUUUAUUUGUACAAUUCAUACAUAUUGUAGGAAUGAAACAUCAUGAUUAUUGUAUGAAAAAUCUUAUAUUUUUUUUAAUGAAUUCAGAUCUUAUGGCUGGCCAGACAUUAUCACUAGAUUAUAUAUCACCUGAACGAAUGAGGAUUGCAAUAAGAGCUUUUAUGAUUUUAUUAGCCAACACUCAAGAAUCUGAAUUGAAACCAACCUUUCCAAGUAACCCUGAUUUGUUCUCUCCUAAACCUCUACUUGGGAUUAAAUAUUCUUCUGAUGUCAUUACUGAAGAGGUUUUGAAUCGAAUUGGGUUUAAAGAAGAUUUCCAUAAAUUUUGUGAAAUUGCUUUUAAAAUUGCUUAUAUGCUAGAUCGUAAUUAUGGUGGACUGCUUGUGCUGGAUGAAAAAAUUCAUACUUUACGUAUCAACUAUUCACCGAUUGUCAAUGUAGUAAGUGGUGUUGGUGAAAUCAAUGGCUUUAUAACUCAUCAUUACUUAUCUGUCAAUGUAUCAUAUCCAAAGGAAAAACAGCCCUCUUUAGAUUUGUUGCGGGAAUAUGUUAAUUCUCUUCCUAGAUUAAUAAACGAUAAUACAAAAACAGUCGUGGAAAUGUUGUGCAGGUACACUGCCCAUGCAGAUCCAGAGCUUGCUAAAUCAUCAUUUUUUGCUCUAAUAAGAAUUGCUCACCAGUGUGGUGCAGAAAUUGUUAUAACAGGUCUCUCACAUUUUGUAAAUAAAAUUGAGGAUCAAUACACAGAUAUUUUAACGGGUAGUGGUAGCCAUUCUGGGAUUGGCGCAAAAAGUGGCGGUGUAUUAAGAUUAUAUCUUGAUUUGCUAGUUAUAUGGUUAGGCCAGUUACGGAAUAACAAACAUACUACUGAUACUCGUGGUGAUAUUAAUGUUUUAGAUAAUUCUACUAAUAUCACUACACCUCAAUCACCAAAUGAUUCAACUGAUUCCUGUACUUGGACAACAAUUAUUGAAGUGAUCGAAGCCAAUGGGUUAUUGUUUCUUUGUAGUCAGUCGUCUCUGAUAAGAAAAUGUGCAAUCAACAUAUUACAACUUGUUGCAGAUCUUGAGGUGGAAUUCGAAAAACGCAGUAAACAAAACCAGACAAUGCAUCCAUCACAUCAUAGUUACGAUGGAGAAAAUGAUAAUAUAUCAGAGGCUUUGAUGACAGCAGAGGCAACAGGAGAAGAAGAUAAUGACGAAAAACUAGAAGAUGCAAAAUAUAAAUUACACUACUCAGCCUCUGGCACAGAUGAUAAACAAAAAUAUUCUCGUAUAAUUCAUGUUCUUAAAUAUGGCGGUGGCGAACUUAUCAAAUUUGAUACUGAGCUACAAAAUUCCCUAACAAUAGUUGAACAUAUACGCUUACAAAAAUUACAACAACAAGGCAAAAAGGAUAUUCUUUUAAGACUUGUCGAAAGUGAAAAUCCUGCUGAUGCUGUCAUAUGGUCACACUGUUUUCCAACUUUUAUGAAAAUAUGUAUAAAACGUUUUCAUGUAACUGUGCCUUUAUGUCGCAGCUAUGUUCUUAUUCGAAUUAUGAAGAUGCAAUCGGCCAUUGUUAGCGCAUCGGAAGCACAUGCGCGUCCAGCGCCAAAAUUUCAUAUGCCAAAAAGCACUUAUUCAGCUAACGACGAUAUCAUUAAACAGUGGAGUUCAUAUUUAAUUGUUGCCUGUUCCACGAUCACUGUUUCAAUGAAAGAUGACGAACGUUUCGAUCGACUUUGGACAAAUAAUCGUAAUCGUGGUGUUAUAUCACAACAAGAACGUAUCACAUCAGCAAAAGAGCUGUUCAGAAAAGUCUUGCCAUUACUUUCUUCUGAACAUAGAGAAAUUCGUAAUUCUGUAUGGACUGCUUUAGGCAAUAUAAAUGAAUUUGUUUACAGAACCUUACUUGAAGAAUUAGGUCCACAUAUAAAAGCAGUUGAAGAAGAUUACAGGAUUAGAACUCUUAAACAAGGUUAUGCGUCAAUGCAUAAACGUGGUAAAAAGUUCGAUAGAUUGCGAACUGAGAUUGCUCAUGUUUUCCAAUUGACGGCUCAUUUUCUUCUCAACGAAAGGUAUAUCCGUGAUUCGUCAUUAAUUAAUAUCAUAAUUUCAUUCAUUAAAGAGACAAAACAAUUUCUUCAAGAUGGCGAAAAUGCUAUGGACUGGGAAUGGCAAAAACUUCGCACAUAUUUUUGCGGAUUGAUUGAAAAACUGUAUGAUGGAAUUUCGCAAACUGAAGUUGAUAUAAUGGAUUCUGAAACUAGGGCAAUGCUUUUUAAAAUGAUUGAAGAAUGGUGUGGUCAUGGGAAAAGAGGUUCACAUCAUCGUGAAAGAGAAGCUAGAAUGCUUAGCAUGGUGAUGGAUCAAUUCAGAGAUGCAGAAGAUAGAAGACCUUUAACCACUCAAAUGGAAGCUGAUAGGAAAGCUUUAGAGUUUGCUGCAUUAAAUGCCAUGGCUUCAUUAUGUAAAGGACCAGUUGAAUCAAGCUCCAUGAAAAAACAGCAACAAAAUUUGCUUGAUUCUGAUAGCAUAUUUGAAUGGAUUCAAUCUGUUUUUGAAAAUCCGCAAGAUAAACUUCAUCCUAUUGCAAGGAGAGCACUUGAAGGGUUAUUAAUUAGUAAUAAAAAUAAUCCAAGUUUUCUUGAGGUACCAAUUCAUCUUUGCUAUUCAGGAAAUCCACAAUUUAAGAGCACACAAGGAUAUUUCUUGGCAUUGACAGAAGUAUUUUCCAAAGUUAAUGAUUAUCCUUGCGAACGACCUAGUAAAAUUUUAUCAUUAGCACUUUUCAAGGUAGGAGAUGCAGAAUUGGAGAUUAGAAAAAAUGCUUUAAAAUUAUUAAAAAUAAUAGAAAAUCGUUAUUGGAGAGAAACUUUCUCGGACGAGUUUGAAGUAGGAAUUACAAGUGAGCUAUCGUCGAUCUACAAACAAACACAAAUUCUCCUAUCGACAAAGCUUGCUCAACUGGCUCGAAAAAGAGAUGAAGAAAAAUUUGGACAACUCAGUAAUCUGAGUGAAAUGAAUAUUCAAAAUUUCACUGAACUUUACGAAGAAACUCAUUUUAUGUUAUCAGAGGUUACCAUGAGAUUUGAAUUUGUAGUGGAGAAAUGUAAGAAAGAUAUGCUUGCUUAUUUGGUACCUUGGGUUAGGAACGUAGAACUACACUUUACAGAAGAAGGUGAAUUACAUCCUACAACAUUUAUAAUGAUUUCAAAUUUAUUUUUUAUUACGGUGAAAUAUGGUGAUAUGUUUGUGAAGGAGAUCAAAAAAAUUUGGCAACAGUUAGUAAUGGGUGAACAUGUACGGAAUAUACGUGCUAUAGUGAAAUUUUUAAUUGAUGUUGGACUAGAGAAACGUAAUCCUAUUUUUGUGUCACAUGCGAAAAGAGUAUUUGUAUAUUUAGGUCGUACACCCACACGUGCAGCAGUUAUUGAAGCAUUGGUGUCUGAAAUAAUACCAAAAUCAAUGAGCCCACAAUCUAAAGAAACGGGUGAACAAAAGGAAUUAAAGACUUAUGGAAUGCAUCUUUCAAAAAUAGAAGAAGCGAUGCCUCAACAAAACAAACGUCCUAUAUUUUCAUCUGGGCAAUUGGCAAUGUUAUAUAUGGUUGAUAUGGCAAUAGAGGCUGGUGCUGAUUUUGAAUUGCAUUUACCAAGAUUACUUCAUGUUUUAUUUGUACAAUUAGAUUCGGCAAAUUCACUCAUCAGCGAGGAAACACGAUCAUUAUUGAUCAAUUUGAUUCAUUCGAUGAUACUUAGUAAAUCGGUGUAUCCGGAAGUGGUUAUGCUUGCAAAAUCAUUGGUGAAAGAAUUAAGAGCUAAGGAAAGUUCGCAAUUAUGGCCAUAUGAAGAUAUCACCUAUAAUAAUAGAUCUAUAAACAGUCUAGUAGAGCUUGAAAGAUUACUAAAAGACGUAGUGACGAUUUUUGGAGUAACAAUUUUUGGAGAAAGUAAUCAAGAUGACUUGAAACAAAUGUGGGGAGAAAUGGCAUUAAAAUGGGCGACAUCGUGUGCGGUUCGACAUAUAGCAUGUAGAUCUUUUCAAAUAUUUCGCUUUCUGAUCCCAGUUUUUAAUGAACACAUGCUUACAGAUGUAUUAUCACGACUUUCUAAUACAAUAUCCGAUGCUUCCGAAGAUAUUCAAGGAUUUGCAUUGGAAAUACUGAUCACAUUGAGCAAUGUUGUUGAUUGGCUUGAAAAAGAUACUAAAGAAAUAUUUCCACAACUGAUAUGGGCGACAAUUGCAUGUCUUCAAACAGUCAAUGAGCAAGAAUUUUUAGAGGUGUUGUCAAUUUUAGAUAAAAUAUUAGAUAAAUAUGAUUUGUCAGAUGAAGAAAAUAGUGCGAUUUUGCGGAGUUUCUUCCCGGAACAUAAAUGGCACGGACAAUUUAUCGGCAUUCAACCAUUGUUGAUGAAAGGGAUUUUGUCAUCAACAGCAUAUCAAAAAACAUUUUACAUGUUAAAAAAACUGCUGUUUAUACAAAACGAACAAUUGAUUGACCCGACACCGUGUAGAUUGAUGUAUCUGAUACUUGCUAAUCUUCCAAGAUUUGUACAUGCAUUGGAUGAUGAAAGCAUCAGGGAGGAGUGUAAUGAAUGGGCACUUUAUUUAUCAGAAAUGUCUGAACAACAAGAUCGAACAAAUCUUGCCAAGAUUUUAAGCUCAUAUCAUAAAGGUCGAUUCAGAUCUAAGGAGGAUUUUUUGAGAAACAUCACAUUGAUUAUACGAGAAAAUUAUUUUAAUGAACAUCAAGUAGAGAUCAUAAUAUUUUUCAUGAGUCUUCUUUCAAAUAAAUUACCAUAUUGUAAAUUGAAGACGAUGACGAUAAUCAAGACAUUGCUUCCAUAUGUCAAUACAGAAAAUCAUAAAUUUAUUUCAUUAGGAUCUGAGUUGAUACUACCAUUAUUGCGACUUUUGCAAACAGAGUAUUCACAAGAAGCAUUGGAGGUACUUGAUGAAGCGAUACUUAUUGUUGGUGGGCCUAAAGAUAAACAAAUUUUAAGAAUGAGUUUUAAUACACGGAGAGGAAAAGAGAACGAGACAACUAUUAGUCUAUUUGGUGAGCCGGAAGAGUCUGGAUGGUCAAUACCUGAUCGUAAUAGUGCGAUGGAAAUGACCAGGAAUGAUGUUCACUCUGUGUGCUAUACGUGUAAAGUGUCGACAAUCUUACCAGAUCCUGACUAUCAAUUCUUUGCAGAUAUUCCUAUUGAUACAUCGGCUUAUGGAGACGACACACCUACAAGAGACUAUAAAUUCCGUGAGAUUGUAUCAAAACUACAAGAUUUGAAUGAAUACUUUUUGCCAGGGGAUGAUGUUCUUAGUAAUGGCGGGGGUCGUCUCGAUUUCAGUGAAUUAAGUGGCUUUGAUGGCGAACUAGCAUUUAUACCAGUAAAUAACCCUAGUAUAUGA